AUGUUUAGUUCCCUCAUCUUCUUCAAAUCAGGAACAUGCUGCUAUUUCUCAGUCUGCCGCUACACACACUACUACAGCCCCAAGUACAGCCACGCCAAGGUUUACUGCCCCCUCAAGCUCUACAGCCCUGGACAGAGCAGCAGUCAGCUAUAUCCCAUACUGCAAUUGUCAACAUUUCGUCGCCUACCUCCAUUGACCAAGAGGACCAAACAGAACCACAAGCACCCACUCCAGCUCAAACGACACAGACCAAGAAAAAGCAACACCAAUAAGAUUGACAUCUUCUGA